AUGUCGGCUCCCAAGUUUGCCGGUCUGACCGGUAACGCCCUAAUGCGGGCUGUGACAACCUGCGCAACCAUGGGCUUUUUGCUGUUUGGCUAUGAUCAGGGUGUCAUGAGUAGUAUUAUUAAUGCAACAGAUUUCAACAAUGUAUUCACGGCAACCCGAGGAAAUUCCACCAUGCAAGGAACUGUCACUGCCAUUUAUGAGAUUGGCUGCCUUUUUGGAGCUAUCUUCAUUCUGAUUGUCGGGGAUUGGCUUGGUCGCCGCAGAGCCAUCAUCCUCGGCGCCAGCAUCAUGAUCCUUGGCGUUAUUAUCCAAGUCACUUCCUACCCCGGUCAUGUUCCUUUGGCUCAGUUCAUAAUUGGCCGAGUUGUCACUGGCGUUGGAAACGGAAUCAACACAUCAACGAUUCCCACCUAUCAGGCAGAGUGCUCUAGGACCUCCAACAGAGGCCUUCUGAUUUGCAUAGAAGGUGCCACUAUUGCCUUCGGUACCCUAAUUGCCUACUGGAUUGACUUUGGAGCCUCUUAUGGCUCGCCGGACCUCACAUGGCGCUUCCCAAUUGCCUUCCAGAUCGUCUUUGGCCUUUGCAUCAUCGUCGGCAUGUUCUUUCUACCGGAAUCCCCCCGCUGGUUUUUCACCAGGGAACGGUAUGAAGAGGGUGAAACUGUCAUUGCCGCCCUAAUGGGGCAGGAAAUCAGCCACCAUGAUGUCCAGCUUCAGAAGGCUAUCAUCCUCGAUUCUAUCCGAGCCUCCGGUCAGGUUGGGAAAACCACGCCCUUAUCCGCUGUGUUCACCGGCGGAAAGACUCAACAUUUCAGACGCAUGUUGAUCGGCUGUUCAUCUCAGUUCUUUCAGCAGAUUGGUGGCUGCAACGCUGUGAUUUACUACCUGCCUGUGCUCUUCAAAAAUUCUCUUGGCCAAGAACCGCCGAUGGACAUGAUUCUUGGUGGAGUGAACAUGAUUGUCUAUUCGAUAUUUGCCACCCUUUCCUGGUUCCUCAUUGAGCGAGUGGGACGGCGUGAGCUCUUCUGGUGGGGUACAAUCGGCCAGUGCCUGUCAAUGGUCCUUACCUUUGCCUGCUUGAUCCCCGGUACGCCCUCUGCCGCAAAGGGCGCUGCUGUCGGCUUGUUCACCUACAUCGCAAGCUUUGGUGCAACCUGGUUACCUCUACCUUGGCUCUAUCCUGCGGAGAUCUCACCCAUUAAGACGCGCGCAAAGGCGAAUGCCAUUUCGACCUGUACCAACUGGCUCUUCAAUUUCCUUAUUGUCAUGGUGACCCCAAUAAUGAUUGAUAAAAUCAAAUGGGGUACCUAUCUGUUCUUUGCCUGCGUCAAUGCGUGCUUCCUUCCAGUGAUUUACUUCUUCUACCCUGAAACCGCCGGGCGGUCUCUGGAGGAAAUUGACCUUAUAUUUGCUAAGGGUUACCUCGAGAAUAUGAGUUAUGUCCGUGCUUCAAAGGAGCUACCGUUCCUCUCUGAUGAAGAAGUUGAACGCGUUGCCAUUCAAUAUGGAUUUGGGCCCGCUGAUUCCGAUGCUAAUGGCAGCGACGGAACUGAGUCUGACGGAGCGAGGAAAGAUGCUGACCCUGAGAAGGCUGCACUUAACUAA